AUCCGUUGCAGCGCUGCCCCUCGGCGCUAGUCCGCUUUGGGGUCUCUCUCUUCUGCCGGCAGGCGGUCGCUCUCGUGAUAGAUAAACAAAACAUCAUUAUUAUCGUCGGCGGUGCAGCCACACCGCAACAGCUGUUCCGGGUCGUUAACGAAGCGCGGGUUUUGGUUCAAGGUUCUUCGUUCUAUGCAACCAUGGCUUACAACCGGGCGAGCCAGCAAUUCCAUGGUGGCCAGCAUCAUGGUCGCGGUCGCAAGAAGGAAGAUGACAGCGACGCUCUGAUGCGUCUGCCGGACAAGGAGAUUGCAGGAUGUAUCAAUGAUAUCGGCGUCCCUUUCACCCCGGCCGAUCUAGUCAAGCCAAAUCCGCAGCAGAUCCAGAUGGUGAUGGAAUGGUUCGCAGAGCUUCUUAUGAAUACGACUCGUGAAACAGUCGACCCUGCAAUGAGAGCGGCGGCAGAGGAUGUUUGCGGCGACUAUGCAGACAUCGUGCCUAAUGACACGCGCAAUUUGAUGGGAUUCUUCAUAAAUUUGCGAAAGCUGAUGAUAGAGUGCGGUGUCAACGACUUUACGUUUACGGAUCUGACAAGGCCGACCCAUGAUCGACUCGUGAAGAUCUUCUCGUAUCUCAUUAAUUUUGUCCGGUUUCGAGAGUCACAGACGGCCGUGAUCGAUGAGCAUUUCAACAAAGCAGAGGGAACCAAGGCGCGAAUCGAGACGCUCUAUGCGGAGAACCAGGAGAUGGAACAACGCCUGGAGGAGAUGAAGCGGAAUCAGAAAGCGAUCGAGGGCCAAGUGAAGGACAAGGUCAGACGGAACGAUGAGCUGAAAGCGCGGUUGCUGGAGUUGAGGCGAGGUCAGGAAAGAGUCGCAGAGACGUUGGAGCGAGUGAAGGCAGAGAAGGCCCGACGGCAAGCCUUGCUCGAAGAAAAGAUGGAGAAGGUCGUCCGCAGCCGGCAGGAGGCUGAGAAACUGAGGCCAUACGUUCUGCAGAGCCCUGCAACCCUUCAGCAAAAUCUAACCGAACUUUCGGAGAAUCUCAUGCGUGAAAAGGCGCAUAUUGACUCUAUGGAAAAGAGACUGCGAGCGUUGCAGACUUCAGCAGAUACAUUCAAUGUCGUCGCAAACGAUGUGCACGCCUGCGCCAAACUUCUCGAGGAUAUUUCGGCCGAGCUCCAAAAGGAAGAAGAAGAAGACGCUAGGGCUGUUCGGAACAGGGAAGCCAUCUCUGAGAGAGGAAACAAUGUUCGGGAGGUGGAGCAGACAGAGAAAUUACUGCAAAGACAGCUAGCCCGAUGGAACGAGAGGAUAGAGGCGCUGCGGAAGAAUAGCCAGGAGAAGCAAGAGAUUGCUCAGGCAAGGAUGGAAGAGCUGCGGAAUAUCCAGAAACAGCUUCGUGAAGAACGCGCAGAGAAACAACGCGAGAUGGAACGGAGGAGAAUACGAAUCGAGCAGACUGAAAAGAAGAUGGCGGAUCUCAAGGAAAAUAUCGAGCGUGAAAUUCACAGCGCGCAUGACGAGUAUCUGAAGAUGGAGUCGCACAUCAAGCUCUACAUUACCGAGAUGGAAAAGUGUCUAUGAUUUCUUUUUGGCACGCUGGAAGGUAGUUGGAGUUUAUUGGCUGGCUAGUCUAGGAUACCCAUUUUCUUUCGAUGUGAUAUGAUAUACAUAGAUACCUGGGAUAUGGAUAUGGCGUUUAAUGGCCUAUUGUGUUGUGAUAUCCAUCAAGUCUCUGCUGACAUUUGUUUCUUUUGCUCAAAAUUAAACCAUCUUUGUGCGAUGCUUUUCACAGGUACACUGCUUCCAGACCGGCCAGCUCCCUCACCACUGGAUCUCGUGGUACCACUGAGUAAUGGCACAUGGACAUUCCAGAGGCCAUCACCCCGCUCACUGCUCUGAGGAUCUAGGGCGUCCUUACAUUCACAGAGGACUAUAUCGAGACUUUCCCUAGCAGAAACCUCAACGGCAAGGGCCAGAGUCCUCGACAAGCCUUGGGCAGAGAACUCGGAAGAUGUAGCAUGGAGAGCUACAAGAUCGACAAUUGCUAACAGCGGCCUGCUGCUAUUGUCCG